AUGUCGCCCAAUAUGUCGCUGUUCUCGGUUAACGCCGUCCUGAUUCUCUCCACCGACGACUCCUCGCGCAUCCUGGCGAAAUACUACAGCCCCCCGCAUAUUCCCCAGAAUGCCCAGGGCAACAACUACCCAGGCGCGAACCCGUACCCGAACGUGAAGGACCAAAAAGCUUUCGAGAAAGGCCUAUUGGAGAAGACCGCAAAGCAGACGAGCGAUGUCAUUUUGUACGACAACCGAGUGGUGGUGUUCAAGAUGGAGGCAGAUGUCAUGCUUUACGUGGUUGGCGGCGCAGAUGAGAAUGAGAUCAUGCUGUACAACGUGAUCUUGGCUCUGAGAGACAGCUUGAACAUUCUGCUCAAGAACUCGGUCGACAAGCGCACCCUCAUUGAGAACUACGAUCUCGCAUCCCUCUGUAUCGACGAAAUUGUAGAUGAUGGGAUCAUUCUCGAGACGGACCCCGUGAUAGUUGCCAGCAGAGUCAGCCGACCUCCUGUUCAGGACAUUCCGAACAUGCAAGGCAUUGAUCUAAGCGAAGAGGGCCUUCUCAAAAUCUACCAAUUCGGAAAGCAAAAGCUGGGCGAGCGGUUACGACAAGGCCUGUAG